AUGGAUACUUCAAAACCUGCGAUUUUUGUCAAUGGGGCACUGUUGCCAAUGCAUGUUCGAAAGAGGGUCCGGACUGUGAUUCAAGUUAUGGGAUCUGAUCGUGGAGCUGUAGUUGGAAAAUCCCCGGAUGACCUCCAGCUUGUUGUAAAAGGCUCUCCACCAUCUGCUCCUCUUACCAAUUUUGUUGAGGUUAUUGGUAUUGCUGACAGUGAAAAAUCAAUCCAGGCUGAGACAUGGACCAACUUCGGGGAUGCAUUUGAUACAUAUUCCUACAAUCAGCUUUGUCAACUUGCAAAUGGGGAAUAUCAGCACUUAUUCCUCUGA